AUGGAAAAGCUAAAUCAGCUUAAGAGGAUAAGUACUUCGGCCAACUACCUAGGUAGCGGAGCGCAACUUGACCUUAAAUUCUUUGAAUCGAUCAAUUCUACUAGCCUAGAGCUCCUGGCAAUCGGUGGCAACAAUUUCGAAGGUACUUUGCCUAAAUCCAUAGGCAACUUAUCUUCCCAUUUGAGUGUAAUGUCAUUCGAGAUGAAUCGAUUGUUUGGAAAUAUCCCUCCAAGCAUUGGAAACUUGCGUGGCCUAGAAAUGUUGGACAUAAGCUUUAACAAGUUCACAAGCAGCAUUCCCGAUACCAUUGGAAAUCUCAUCAAGCUGAAGAAGUUUGCUGCUUCUAUGAACAAACUCACCGGGAAUAUCCCUUCCACAAUAGGGAACCUGACGGAGCUAAUCAAACUCUCCUUGAAUGGGAACAAUUUACAAGGGAGCAUUCCUCCGAGUAUUAGGAAAUGCCAAAACUUGUUAGGGAUUGACCUUUCGCAAAAUGAUCUUAGUGGAAUUAUACCAUCUCAAGCUUUCACUAUAUUUUCCCUGUCUAUCUAUUUUGAUCUAUCCGAAAACCAAUUGAGUGGUUCCUUACCAGAAGAAAUUGGUAAAUUGAACAACUUAGCCAAAUUAGACGUACAUGGCAACAAACUAUCGGGAAAAAUCCCUAGUAGCCUCGGUAGGUGCACUAGUUUGGUGGAGCUUCACAUGCAAAAUAAUCUAUUUGAAGGGAAUGUCUCGUCAUUCUUGAGUUCCUUGAAUGGUCUUCAGUACAUAGACCUCUCGAGUAAUAAUUUGUCUGGCCCUGUUCCGACAUUCUUGGAGAAAUUUCAAUUGCAGUACCUGAAUCUAUCUUUCAACAACUUUGAGGGUGAGGUACCGAGCAAAGGGGUGUUCCUGAACACGAGCGCAACUUCGCUCAAAGGAAACGAUAAACUCUGUGGCGGUAUGUCAAUCCUAGAUUUGCCAAGUUGUUCGACGAGCAAGGGAAAACGUGGAUCAUCUAUCUCCCGUUCCGUUAUCAUUACAGUUACAUGUGGGAUAGUAGCGGCGCUCAUUCUUCUGUUGCUACUGAUGACGUUUUAUUGGCUGAGGAGGAAGAAAAGUGAGGCUCCUCUAGAGACUCCAUCAAUAGGGGGAUUUCAGCAAGUGUCUUAUGAAGACUUAGUUAAAGCAACAGAUGGAUUCAGCUCUAGCAAUUUCAUCGGAAUGGGUGGUUUCGGGUCCGUGUAUAAAGGGAACCUAGCAGAUGAAAACAAAAUAGUGGCAGUUAAGGUUUUUAACUUGAAGCAACGAGGAGCAUCCAAAAGUUUCGCGGCAGAGUGCGAAGUCCUAAAAAACAUAAGGCAUCGGAACCUUGUUAAGAUUCUAACAGCUUGUUCCAGUGUCGAUUUCCAGGGCAAUGAGUUUAAGGCUUUGGUCUACGAGUUCAUGGAAAACGAUAGCUUGGAGGAGUGGUUGCAUCAGUAUCUUGCACCAAAUGGGACGCCAAGGCAUGAAUUAACUUUUGUUCAAAGACUAAACAUUGCUUUUGAUGUAGCAUGCACAGUGGAUUAUCUCCAUCAUCAGUGCCAAAUGGAGGUGAUCCAUUGUGACCUCAAACCGAGCAACAUUCUACUCGAUGCCCAAAUGAAUGGACAUGUCGGUGACUUUGGCUUGGCUAGGAUAUUCCCAAACACCAUCGGUGAUUUGCCAGUGAGUCAAACCAGCUCAAUUGGACUUAGAGGAACCAUUGGCUAUGCUCCUCCAGAGUAUGGAAUGGGAAGCGAAGUGUCCAAAGAUGGCGACAUGUACAGCUACGGAGUCCUGCUGCUGGAGAUUUUUACAGGAAAGAGACCCACCCAUGACAUGUUUAAGGAUGCUUUGAACCUUCACGAUUACUGUGCAGCGGCUUUGCCAGAAAGGGUGGCAGAGAUAACAGAUCAGCAGCUCCUAUUUUGUGAGACAGAGGAAUCAUCAAUUGCAGACACUCUGAGCAAUAAAAAAGGCAUCAGUGCUCAUGUUCAAGAGUGCUUGGUGAUGAUAUUUGAAAUUGGAGUUGCCUGCUCUGCAGAGCUGCCACAAAAGAGAAUGAAGAUAAGUGAUGUGGUGAGAAGAUUGCGUUCGCUGAAAGAGAGAGUCAACAAAAUGGGAUUCCGCUAG